AUGUUCAACAACAACUACGGCACCACCGGCAUAAGCGAGAUACAGGAGGAACAAGACAUCAUCAACCACCAACACUACCUUGGCAGAAUCGAUCAUGAAAUUGAAGAACAAGACUCUAUUUAUGUUGCAGUUGGUAAGAGCGAUACAAGCAUGGAAGCUCUCUCAUGGACACUCAAUAACCUAGCCACUCAUUCCACCAUGCUCUAUCUCAUUCAUGUUUUCCCCGAAAUCAAACACAUUCCACAUCCAUUGGGAGUAGGAAUGAUUGCAAGGAAUCAAGUCAGUGCUGAGCAGGUAGAGAUUUACAUGGAGCAAGAAAGAAACAAGAGGAGACAACUCCUUCACAAGUUCAUCCAAUCUUGCUCUCUUUCCAAAGUUAAGGUUGAUACCAUCUUAAUAGAGAGUGAUUUCGUUGCAAAAGCCAUCCUUGACCUAAUUCCUAUUCUUCACAUAUCUAAUUUAGUCAUUGGAGCCAACAAAUCCCAUAUGAGAAAAUCGAGAUCAAAGAAAGGAAAUGGUGUGGCUGAUCAGGUAGUACAGAAUACACCAGAAAGCUGCAAGGUUAGAAUUAUCAGUGAAGGUAAGGAAGUAAAUGAUGAGCAAAGGAUGAUGAUGAUGAUGACACCUUCUCCUAAGAAAAUUGCCACUACAAACUCUGAAAAUAGUGACAACACAAAAGAAAAUGAUUCAGUUUUAUGUGUUUGUUUCAAACCAAAGUUUAAAUGA